AUGGAAAGGAUUGAAGAUAAGCAAAAGAGGCAUGUCACCUUCUCCAAGAGGAGGAAUGAUCUCUUCAAAAAGGUGGAGGAGAUCUGCUCUCUUACACGUGCCACUAUUGUCAUCAUCUGCUUCAGUGAAGCAGGAAACCCCUUCACUUUCUGCCAUCCUUCUUCUGCGGAUAAUCACCAACAAUUCCUGCGGCAGUACUAUGGGAGUUCCAGUGGCUGCACCAUCACUGCUGCUUCUUUCCAAUCAGCACCGUGGGUGAAGCCAAAUCGAUUGGAGAAAUUGUGCCCGUCUCAAGUUGGGAGGAGGAAAUCAGCAAGAAAUGAGGUUGCAACCUCAGUUGCAAAGCAUGCACGAGAAGUUGAUGGCUCUCCUGGAGCCGGCCCGUGCCCAAUCAAUGGAGGAAGGCCUGGUUGA